GGAAGCCCCCCGACUCGCUCCGCAAAGGCAUGGAGAAGGGGACCAACUGCUUUCCGACCUGCCACACCAUUUUUCUCGCCUGGACAUGGUUUUUACUUCUCUCUUGGUGUUGCACCGGCGCCGAAAUAACUUGCAGAUCCUGCUCAUCUCCAUCGCCCUCCUGGCCGUCCUCCUCGUCUCGCCUUAGGCAGGAGCAGCGACAGCCGCCGCCGCCGCCGCGAGGAUUACGGAGCUGGCCGGGCGGCCGAGCGCGGGGCUCGGUCGGGGCGGCGGCCGCCGCGGAGCCGGUGCCGGGCGCGGAGCCGGGGGGCCAAGCGGGGCCGCGGGGAGCGGCGCUCCGAGCGGCGGGGGCGGGAGGCGGCGCGCCCGGGAGCCGGGGCCCGGCGGCGCCGCGGACCCGCCGGAGCACCGAGGGGCGCCGGGCGCUGCCGGCCGGCGGCGUCCGGGGGGUGCCCGCGGCCGAGGGGCAGCGCGGCGGCCGCGCUCAGCCCCGCGGGCCCCCGGAGGAUGGGAGAGCGGCGCGGCCGCGAGGGGCCGAGGAGCCGAGGCUGAGCAGCACCACCUUCGCGCUCACCGGGGAUGCGGCGCACAACCAAGCCAUGGUGCACUGGUCCGGACACAACAGCAGCGUGAUUCUCAUUCUGACAAAGCUCUACGACUUCAACUUGGGGAGUGUAACGGAGAGCUCACUGUGGAGGUCAACAGACUAUGGCACUACCUAUGAAAAGCUAAAUGACAAAGUAGGCCUGAAGACUGUGCUGAGCUACCUAUAUGUCAGUCCCACUAACAAGAGGAAGAUCAUGCUUCUUAGUGAUCCAGAGAUUGAGAGCAGCAUCCUCAUCAGCUCUGAUGAAGGAGCUACCUAUCAGAAGUACCGUUUGAACUUCUAUAUCCAGAGCUUGCUCUUCCACCCCAAGCAGGAGGAGUGGAUCUUGGCCUACAGUCUGGAUCAAAAGCUGUACAGCUCCAUGGACUUUGGAAGAAAAUGGCAGCUCAUGCACGAGCGGGUGACACCAAACAGGUUUUACUGGUCAGUGGCUGGUUUGGAUAAAGAACCUGACCUUGUGCACAUGGAAGCCCGGACAGCUGAUGGACACACCCACUAUUUGACCUGUCGGAUCCAGGAGUGCUCCGAGACCAAGAGGAGCGGGCCCUUCUCGCGCUCCAUCGAUGUCAGCUCCCUGGUUGUUCAGGAUGAAUACAUCUUCAUCCAGGUGACAACUGGUGGAAGAGCAACUUACUAUGUGUCAUACAGACGGGAACCCUUUGCACAGAUCAAAUUACCCAAAUACUCCCUUCCUAAGGACAUGCAUAUUAUCAGCACAGAUGAGAAUCAGGUGUUUGCAGCUGUUCAAGAGUGGAACCAGAACGACACAUACAAUCUGUACAUCUCCGACACCCGAGGGGUCUACUUCACCCUGGCCUUGGAAAAUGUGAAAAGCAGCCGAGGACUGGAGGGGAAUAUUGUCAUUGACCUUUAUGAGGUAGCAGGGAUCAAAGGCAUAUUCCUGGCUAACAGGAAGGUGGAUGACCAGAUCAAGACUUUCAUUACCUACAACAAGGGCAGAGACUGGCGUUUGCUACAGGCACCGAGCACUGAUCUAAGAGGGGAUCCUGUACUUUGCCAGCUGCCCUUCUGCUCACUGCACUUGCGCCUGCAACUCUCAGAGAAUCCGUACACUUCAGGGAGCAUUUCCAGCAAAGAGACAGCUCCUGGGCUGCUGGUGGCCACAGGCAAUAUUGGCUCUGAACUUUCCUACACGGAGGUUGGCAUGUUCAUCUCUUCUGAUGGUGGCAAUUCCUGGAGACAGAUCUUUGAGGAGGAAUACAACGUUUGGUUUCUGGACUGGGGAGGGGCACUAGUGGCCAUGAAACACACGUCAGUGCCCAUCCGGCACAUGUGGGUGAGUUUUGAUGAGGGAAGAUCCUGGACUAAAUACAGUUUCACAUCAACACCACUUUUUGUGGAUGGAUCCCUUGUAGACCCUGGCAUAGAGACCCAGAUAAUGACAGUUUUUGGGCACUUCAGCCUCCGUUCUGAGUGGCAGCUGGUCAAGGUGGAUUACAAGUCCCUCUUCAGCCGCAGGUGUACCAAGGAUGACUACCAGACCUGGCAUCUGCACAAUCAGGGGGAGCCUUGUGUCAUGGGGGAGAGGAAGAUCUAUAAAAAACGCAAGCCUGGAGCCCAGUGUUCCCUAGGUCGGGACUAUUCCCAAACUGUGGUGUCUGAACCGUGUGUCUGCGGCCAAGGAGACUUUGAGUGUGACUAUGGAUAUGAGAGGCACAGCAACAACCAGUGCAUCCCAGCCUUCUGGUUCAGCCCAUCCUCCCUGUCCAAGGAUUGCAACGUUGGUCAGAACUACUGGAACAGCACUGGGUACCGCAGGAUUGUGUCUAACAACUGCACAGAUGGCUUGAGAGAGAAGUACAUGGCCAAGAUGGAGAAAUGCCCUGGAAAAGCUCCUCGGGGAUUGCACAUCCUCACCUCCGAUGGGAAGCUGGUCAUGGAGCAGGGGCACAACGCCACCUUCAUCAUCCUCAUGGAAGAGGGUGAUCUCCAAAGGACAAACAUCCAGCUUGAUUUUGGAGAUGGCAUUGCAGUUUCCUAUGCCAAUUUCAGCCCUGUGGAGGACGGCAUCCGGCACGUGUAUAAGAGUGCUGGAAUCUUCCAGGUGACGGCGUAUGCAGAGAACAGCCUGGGCUCAGACACUGCUGUCCUGUUCCUGCACGUGGUCUGUCCAGUGGAGCACGUCCAUCUGAGCGUUCCCUUCGUUGCCAUCAGAAAUAAGGAUGUCAACAUUACUGCAGUAGUUUGGCCCAGCCAGGCAGGCACACUUACCUACUUCUGGUGGUUUGGCAACAGCACCAAGCCCCUCAUCACCCUGGAGAGCAGCAUCUCGUACACCUUCACCGUGGAGGGGAUGAACACUGUCACCGUGCAGGUCGCUGGGGGCAACACCCUCAUCCAGGACACCAAGGAGAUCGCAGUGCAUGAGUAUUUCCAAUCUCAGCUCCUGUCAUUUUCUCCCAACUUGGAUUACCAUAACCCUGACAUCCCUGAAUGGAGACAAGAUGUUGGCAAAGUCAUCAAGAGAGCACUAGCACAGGUGACUGGUAUCCCCGAUGAACAGAUCCUUGUGGCUCUGUUCCCUGGACUGCCUACUUCUGCUGAGCUCUUCAUACUGCCCCACAAAAACACAACAGAGAGGAGGAAAAGCAGUGAGGCUGAUCUGGAGCAAGUGGUAGAAAUCCUUUUUAAUGCUCUCAACCAGAACCUGGUCCAGUUUGAACUGAAGCCUGGUGUUGAAGUGGUUGUGUAUGUUACUCAGUUAACAUUAGCACCACUUGUGGAUUCCAGCUCCAGUCACAGCAGUUCAGCCAUGCUGAUGUUGUUGUCAGUGGUGUUUGUGGGCUUGGCUGUUUUUUUAAUCUACAAAUUCAAGAGGAAAAUCCCUUGGAUUAACAUCUAUGCCCAAGUUCAGCAUGACAAGGAGCAGGAAAUGAUUGGCUCUGUCAGCCAAAGUGAAAAUGCCCCCAAAAUCACCCUGAGUGAGUUCACAGACCCUGAGGAGCUGAUGGACAAAGAGCUGGACACACGAGUGAUGGGAAGCAUCUCAACAAUUGCCAACAGUGAAAGCACAAAGGAAAUCCCCAACUGCACUAGUGUUUAAUACUGAGAAUCCACUUGGUCUACAACAUUUCUGAAUUUUUAUUUGUAAUUAUUAUUGUUAUAAUUAUUAUUAUUAUUAUGAAAAAAAGAAAGAGUUAUAUGUCAUUAUUAUCAUUUGGGAGGGAAUGGGGUGGGCUUUUUGUGUUUACCAGGGCUGCAUUCAUAAAUAGCAGAAGUUCUUCAUAUUUAGGGAAUACACAUCAGAUUAGAAAUAAAAAGCAAAGAAUGAGUCAAGUGUGCAAUGAGAUUUGAAUGCCAACUUCCUGUUACAUACAGAAUGGGAAUUAAGUAUUCAAAUCCAACAGAUAGGUGUCGUACCUUAGGCAACAUGUAAGUAAAUUGUCCCUUUUCAGCCCUUUUCAGAAUAAGUCACGAAUCAGCUGCUUCAUCCUGCCAGAGGGUUCAGACUGGGUUGUUGGACCAGGCUCUGCAACAUGCCAACAUCCCUCGCUUUCCAGUGACAUGCAUGUCUCAGCUUUUUGCAGGAUCUUGCCUCUUCUAAUUGCUUUUAAUUUCAGUCACCCUCUGGCACUGCUGACUGCUGAGAAAGGAAAAGACAGAAUCAGAGCAAACCCACACGUCAGUGUUCCUUGGACCACAGACUGGCUGGAGGGGACAGCACCACAAGCAGUGGAGGAGCCAGCCUGGGUUUAUGAAUGCAGCCCGAACCCUGUGCAUGUGAAUAGCGAGGAUGCCGAAGGCCUACUGUAGAUAAUUACCAUGUACAUAGCUUUUUAUUUCUUGGGAAAUAAUUUAAUGUUUAGUAAAAGAAGAUAUGUUUAAAAGAAAACCUGAACCACACACACACACGCACGCCCACGUGCACACAAACACACACACACACACCACGUACACGCCAGCCAAACAAGGACCCUGGUGAGCACUUGAGUCACACUUUGGUUCCAAGUGUGUUCCAGUUGUCUGUCAUAUUUCAAUCUGCCACUGCUCUCUAUAAAGAGAGUAGUUUAUUUCUCUAUAUAUAACUGCAAGCCUUUUUUUACAUAUAUGUAUAUAUAUAUGGUGUCAUUUCCUGUGAUGGAGCAGAAAAAGAUAUUAGCAGCCAGACUAUGAGCCUGUCAUAAAUAUUUUAAUGAUGUUUAUCAUCUAUUCAUCCUUGUCACUUUUACCCACUUCUGAGAAUGAUCUUAGUGGCAUCUGUUAGUGAAAAUGAGGAAAAGAAUCCUGAAAUGUUAUCACCAUCUCUGUGUAGGUAAAUAUCAGUGGCCUUGCCAUAGCCAGCACAACCUCAGCUCAGCAGUGGGGCAGGUUGCAGUAGCUUUAUUCCCAGGGGGCAGUCAUGCUUUUUGCAGUUCAGCUGAUGAAGUGAAGUGCUAUUUAGGAUGUGUAAGAGUAGUAAAUUUUGGCUGAACAUGAUGCAUGCAAUUAGGGACUGCUCUUUGGAGAGGGCAGUGGAGGGUCAGACCUGCAUCAAUGAGCUGUGAAAGGUUCUUUCUUGUGAGUGCUGCAGAAUGGCAGCUUCCAGCUAAGAGUGGGGGUUUCUACAUGGUGGGUUGGUGUUUUCUGAUCAGAACAGGGAGGGUAAUGAGGAAAGGUAUUGAAAAAGCUCUUCAGAAAUUUUUUACUACACUGAACCGAGGAUAUCCCUAUGAAGAGGUGGAGUUUUGGGGCAAGAGGUUGACUUAGUGGUGAGUUACUUUUUAUCCAUUUUUCUUGAGUGGAUGAUGUCCAAAAUGAACCUAAUUCUGCAGAGUAUUGUCUUGUAGGACCCAGCAGGAGGGAAAGGAAGACUGGGGGCAUGUCUGGGAAGAUGCUCUAGUCUUUGUGUGCUAACAGGAGGCAGCAGAUGACAAUGCUUGUUAUCAUUUCUUAGGAUCUGGGUACAGAUUCUUGAAUAUACUUGGGCUGAAAUGAGGAGGUGGCUGGAAUUUGGGUGUUACCUGCUAUUUCUCUGCAUUGCAACAGGCCAGUGGGCUAAAAAACCAGCCUCAGCCACAUGUGUUCACUCUGUUAGUGGGCUGGAAUGUUUUUCAAAGGUUAAAAUCCUGGUGGCUCUGCAGGUGGAGAGAAAAGUGGUUAAACACAAUUUUGUAAAACUUAGGAAGUGUUUCAAGAUUAAAAUUGUAAAACUAAAAAAUAAGGAAAAAGUUUUUCUUGAGAAGUACUAAAACUAAAUAUUCUCAGUUAUUUUCAGUCAGAUUUGUGGAUUUUUUUUUUCUGUUGAUUUAAAAAUAUUUCUAUUCUGUUUUCCCCCUCACUUUCCUGCUCUGGUUUCUAAUACAAGGUGAAGAGCGAUGGCUGUGUUAUUCUGUUUAACCUUGGUUUCCAUCCAUCACAAGUGCAUAAGCUGUUGCAUUACUGUCUCUGUUCUGCUGAAACUCCUCAGUAGUUUACAGUAAUGGCCCAGUCUGGUGAUAAGACUGUUAGCACAAGGCCAUAGCUUCCCAUUUAGGUAGAGGUGGGAGGGAUGUGCAUAAACAAUGGUCCCAUGGGCUUUGAGCUAAAGCGUGGGCUGAUCUCAGUCUUUGCUGAUCAUUAGGAUUUGAGGUACUGCUGUGGUGAGCUGCUGCAGAGAGCUGAAUGUAAAAUACUCAGUAUUUUUUGUAUUAACUUUUCCUCUAUAAACCAUGAGGCAAAGUGAUGAUUUGCAUUGUUGUUUGGAAUUUUAUAGGUUUUUCAUGGGCUUCAUCUCAUGUCAUUUUAACAAGAAAGGUAGAGGAUUACAAUUUUCGUAAUUCUUAAUUUCUUUUCACUUUUUUUUACAUUUUAUUCCUUUACACUUUUAAAAAUUUCUGUUAAUUGU